AUGGUUCAGGCAACGGGCGAAGAGCGCGCUGUUCACCUGGCACGGGAGGCUGUCGAGCUGUUUGACGCUGGCCACCGCGAGGCUGCAGCUCGCAAUCUGAAAGAGGCGCUCUCGAUUGCGAAUGACAACCCCGACGUGAAAGCCGCUUUUCUGAAAAUCCAGCACGAAGAGGAAAGUGGCCACCCGCUCCUCGACCUCUGCUGGCGUUACACAGCCCGUAAGGACGAGACUGCCGGAAAGGAAGCCGCCGCAUAUCUCCGCACAGAUGGCUUGAAGCCACCAGAGAAUGUCGCGCUUGAGUCGCUGAAUCUCUUGUUGGACCAGCGGGCGCAGGCCCUUUCAGAGUUUCAGGAUGAGAUUAUCUCGGGGCUCGUGCGCCAGAACGUGAGUGUGCGCCAACACUUUUCCAACCAGCUCCAGGUAUCCGUGACGACUUUCUUCGACGAGAUCUACGACCGUGGUGAUGGUGCAGCAGUGUGUCUGGACACGGUGGUUUUGGACCCCAAUGUGUGGCCGUCCGAGGACACGCGGUCACACUGUGAGAGUGAGCUCUUCCAGCUAUUCUUGGCUAAAUUGAUGGAAUCUGGCCAUGAUCUCGAUGGUCGGGCUUUGAAAGGAAUCACUCGAUUGCUCGCGGUGGAUGCGGGCCGCCUACAGCAUUUGGUCGAUGACGAAGGAUUCGAAGUCAUUUUGACGUCGCUCGACAACCGACUUCCGCUCGAACUGCGUAGCCAAGCUACUUUGGCAACGGCGAAAUACCUAGAGGUGGCGAAGGAAACUGGCGAGAAGCAAUUCUCGGCAUUGAUUACCGCGAUGAUUGGCAAGGGUCGCUUGAACGAUCUGAUCAUUGCGUUCUCUGCGGUGGCCGCUGUUUUCCCAGUGGUUCCCACUGCAGCGGCUUCCAUCUUCUUAUCCGACGACUUCAUGAAUGCAUUGACUCCGCUGGCGACCCGAGACGCGACGCGGAAGAAGGUGGAAGUCUCUAUAUUGGAGCUGCUGAACGCAGCAUGCAUCGAUCGUCCCUGCCGGGAAGCGGUUGCCAAAAACUUCUCUGAAUGGCUUUCACACACCUUGACCAACGGCAGCGAUGAAGGCUCAGAGCUGGCAGCGGUGGUUUUGGCGAAGAUUCGUGCGUCCGAAACCACCCAGUCCUCUGCCAAGAACGGUGAGGCCCAAGAGGAGUACACGGGAGUCACCGACUUGGUGCAACGAUUCAAGGGACUAAUGUCUGAACCCAAGGUUGAAAACAUCUCUCAUGCGAUUGAGGGCUUGGCUUAUUCGUCGGUGCAGCCUGCUGUCAAGGAGCAGCUAGCCAAGGACCCUACGUUUAUGCGCGAUCUGAUCAGCAUUUUGAAACAACACACGACCGACUCCUCCGUGCUCUACGGUGGCUUGAUGAUCCUUCUGAACCUCACUAAAUUCCUUCCUAAUCUUUCCGACGAACAAAAGAAGAUGUCGCAGCUGAAGAACUAUGCGGACGCUUCUACUGGCAAGGCCCGAGCUUCUACCGACCCCCGAGAUGAGGAUGACGCAGUCUUGGAGCGCUGUGGUAUUGUUAUUGACGCGGAUGCCAUGGCACUCCUGGUUGAAUGUGGCCGAGUUGCCCUGCCUUCGACCAAUGACCUCACCGCUAAGAUACUGCUGGCCCUGGCACGGCGGUCGAAGUCACGGGGAACUCUGGCCCAGCAAGGUGCCAUCAAACUGCUGUUGGCGCUAUCGAUCCCCAAACAGGGCCAAGCUGUCGGCCACUCAGAGACGACCCAAAAUGCAUCUCAUGCGCUGGCUCGAGUUCUCAUCUCCGUCGAUCCUUCACAUGUCUUCCCGUCGACUGGGUUCCCGCAGGCGACUUCUCCCGUACGCCCUUUGCUUUCUCUCCUAGCCUCCCCCGAGGGUGCCACGAUUUCUGUGGACCAGCCCCGCGACCUCUUGCCCGUUUUUGAAAGCUUGCUUGCCCUGACCAAUCUUGCGUCCUAUCCACGUGAUGAUUCCCCAGCCGAACUGAUUGUCCGGGAAGGCUGGUCGGUCAUCGAAGAACUCCUCCUGUCCAGUAACUCUCGUGUGCAGCGGGCUGCCUGUGAACUGGUCUGUAACUUGAUGACCUGUGAAUCGGGAAUCAUCAAAUUUGCCGACGCUACCAAGCGCGCUUCGCAGCGUCUUCACAUCAUGCUCGCGCUUACCGAUGCAGACGACUUGGCCACCCGGCAGGCAGCGGGCGGCGCUAUUGCCAUGCUGACCGAGUACGAUGCGGCUGUGGCGGCAGUGUUGGAGCGACCGCGCGGGGUGGAGUUACUGCUGGGCCUGUGCCAGGAAGAGGACGACGCUCUGGUUCACCGGGGGGUUGUUUGCGUGCACAACCUCACCACGGCAUCUGGUGACAUCGGAGCUCGCGCCAAAGCCGCCGUACAAGCUGCCGGGGGCAUCGAGGUCUUGACCACGUGCCUCAAGAAAACGUCCAACCCGGCGGUGCUACAGACUGGCGUGGAAGCAUUGAAGCCGCUUGUGCAACCGCAGUCGUGA